AUCGCUUCUAAGGGAUAUGGGGGUGGAAUGUAUACAACAAAUGUGCUAGGAAUGCCUGAAUUUGGUAGAUCGAUCACAUUGAUGGCGCUAGAGACGUGUGGAGCUCCUCACUGCGACGUUCACCUUUCAAAGCCAAACUAUCAAUUAAGAUGUCUGACUUUACCCUCACCAAGUACAAAGCUCUCCUAUUCGAUGUGUAUUGCACCCUAGUAGACUGGGAGACGGGCAUCUAUGAGAACCUGAAGCCCAUGCUUGAACGUAUCAAUUCCCCCCUCAAGGAUAACAAGAAGGAGGCGCUAUCAGCCUACUUCAGCGUUGAGACAGAUCUCCAAGCGAAAUAUCCUACCAUGCUCUAUGCCGAGCUCAUCUCCCGAGCACACGCAGAGCUAUCCGUGCGACUCAAGGGCGAGCCAUCUCAUGCAGAGACAGUCCCAAAAACAGCCAUAGCGGCCUCAUCGGCUCAUAAUGUAAUUGGCUUGAACGACCUUACUAUCACCGCAGUCGGCACGUCUACUUUCACAGAAACUGAGCUUGAUCCACAUGGGGCAGAGCACGUCGCCUUCGGGAAAAGCAUAGCCUCUUGGCCUGUCUUUCCCGAUACUAUCGCCGCGCUCGCAUACCUCUCCACAAAAUUCAAGCUUGCCGUACUCUCCAACGUUGACAAGGAGUCAUUUUCUGGGACACGCGCAGUUCUGGAGACCUCCGAUCCACAACAUCAGUUUAAGUUCGACGCGGUAUACACAGCACAAGAUAUUGGAUCAUACAAACCGGACCUUGCGAACUUUAAAUAUGCGUUGGCGAAGCUGAAGGAAGAGUUUGGUAUCGAGAAGGAUGAGGUCAUUAUGGUGGCGGGAAGCUUGGGUCAUGAUCACCUCCCGGCGAAUGCGUUGGGAAUAGCGAGUGUCUUCAUUGACAGACACGCGAUCUCGCUGAACAUUGGGGUGGACGCGAAGUAUGACGCGAAAUAUGAGACUUUGGGCGCAUUCGCGGAGGCGGUCAAAGCAGCAGCAGAAAACCAGUGAGGGAUGAGGAAUUUUGGGGGAUAUAUAUGUAUUUCAGUGGACUUUAGUCAUUUGCUUUUCGCGGAUAGCAUUUUGUUGUAAGAAAUAAGAAGUACUUGCGGAUUCCUCGACGAACAGAAAUUAGCGGAUUGAAAGU